AUGUCUUGGAAGAUAUUUUUAUUCUUUGUUAUAACAAAUAUUCUAUUCUUAUCAUCGAUAUUCGAUUUAACAUUGGGUGUUCAAUUAUUGAACACAUCAUCGGGUAUCUAUGCAGGUCGAACAGUUACCUAUGGUAAUAUAAUUGUUAAACAAUAUCUUGGAAUUGAAUAUGGUCGAAUUAUUAAACGAUUUGAUCGAGCUAUACCAAUUAUAAGAAAAAAUGAUGAUAUUAUUAAUGCAACUUCACAUGGACCUUUAUGUAAACCAACAGCCGGUUCAUGUGCAGGAAAUACAGGAAUAUAUCCAUUAGGAUCUUCUUGUUCAGUUAGUUAUGGUAUUUUUUCUGUUAAAUCAAUUCCUGCUGAACAAUGUCUUUUUUUAAAUAUUUUUAUUCCGGUGACGACGACAACAACAACAACUAAUAAAAGAAAAAAAGCUAUAUUUAUGUGGAUUCAUGGUGGUUCUGGUCAAAUUGGUACAGGAAAUGUAUUUGAUGGAACUAUAUUUGCUGCUUUAGGCGAUGUUAUUGUUAUUACAUUUAAUUUUCGCUUAAAUCUCUUUGGUUUUUUAUCAUCAGGUGAUGAUCGUCUAGAAGGUAAUCUUGGUCUUUAUGAUCAAGCAUUAGUACUUGAUUGGAUCUAUGAAAAUGGUGAUGCAUUAGGUGGUGAUAUAAAACGUAUUACAGUUGGUGGUCAUUCAGCUGGUGCACCACAUGCAUAUUAUUUAGCAAUAUCACCAUUAAAUAAUGGACGUAUACGUCGAUUAUUAUUACAAAGUGGUAGUCCAUUUAAUAUAUGGUCUCAUUUAAAAGCACAAGAUGCAAUGGAAAAAUUUAAUAUUGUUGCAAAUGAUAAUGGAUGUGGAAUUCUGGAAACAUUUAAUGAACAACUUAAAUGUUUACAAGAUCGUGAUUUUGAUUUAAUUGCUGAACAUGAACAUCAUUCAUAUACAAGUGCUAAUCAUACAAAUGUUGUUACUACAGGAAAUUUUAUGAGUCAAUUUCGAGAAGAAUUUCUAAAAAAUGAUACAUUAGCUGAUGUUGAUAUACUUAUGGGAUCAACAGAUGAUGAAGGUGUUUAUGUUGCAAUAGUACCUAUCCUUAUGGAACAAUAUGAUCAAGAUGCUAUAACACUUCAUAAUAUAAAUUUUACUGAAAUAACAUUAAAAUUUCUUAAAGCAAUGCAACCGGAUAAAACUUGUUUAUAUAAAAAAGCUUUUGAAAUAUAUAAUAUUGAUAAAAUUCCAGUUAAUUGUUCUCAAUCACUUGAAUGUUAUUGUUCAUUAUUUUAUAAUUAUUCUCAACUUAUCACUGAUAUUCUAUUUAAUAAUGAUUAUUAUCGUUUUCUCGAACAACGUUUAAAAUAUUCCAAUCGAACAUAUCUAUAUCAAUAUUCUCAUCGAACAGCACAAGAACAUCCAACACCAUGUAAUGAUUAUUUACAUAAACAUGAUUUAGUUGGUCAUUUUGCUGAACUUGAAUAUACAUGGGGUACGCCAUUAUUAUAUGAAGAACCAAAUUCAACAUUAAAUCUUUCACCUUUAAUACAUUAUGUUCGAUAUGAAUCGAAUACAACAGGAAAUUCAAAUUUAACGCAUACAUAUACAAAUGAACAAAUACAAUUUAGUAAACAAUUAAUCGAACAAUGGUCAAAUUUUAUUAAAUUUGGUCGACCAACAAGUUCAAUCAUUAAUUAUGAUUGGCCACCGAUUACUAAUAUAUCAACAGCAGUAGUUAUGCAUUUACAAGUUAAUCGAAGUGAAAUUAAAAAAUUAAAUAUUCCUUUAACUGUACAAUUUUGGAAGAAUGAAUGUUCAACAGAAAAAAAUGAAAUUCAUUUCAAAAGUAAUCAAGCAUUUAUAUUUCGAAUAUCAUUAAAAAUUUUUAUAUAUUCAUUAUUAUCUCAUAAGGUGCUUAGUUCAAUCCAAUUUAUUUAA